AUGGCGUUUGUCCUCCGCCGCCCGUUUGCCGUGUCGGCUGCGGUCAAACAGAUUCCCAAGCCAACAACAGCUUCCACGGCCAUCCGAUUCAUCCACAAUGGACCCAUGAAGCCAUCGUCAUCGCCAGUUCACAGAGUAUCCUCUCAACUGCCUUCUACGUCACCUAUUAACAGAGCCCGCAGGACUUUCCAGGAUGCCUUCCGCCGAGCAACCUAUAUGCAGAAAGCAUACCAGCCUGCUGCGGGCGAUCGCAGCAACAUGACGCAGAAACUGAUGUAUGGAGCUGCCAUCAUCGGUGGAACUAUCGUGGCUACCAACUUCAUAUUUAACCGCGAGACAAGAGAAGAUGGCGGAAUGGCUCCAUAUGAACGAAGCUUCCUGAACGAGACGUUCAUGCACACUGGUCUGGGUAUCGGAAUUAUCGGAGUCGCUGCUCGAGCCCUCCACACCAGCGGAUGGUCUUAUAGACUCAUGGCUACCAACCCAUGGGCUGUCAUCGGUCUCAGCUUAGCUGCCAGUAUUGGAACUAUGUAUGGAACCUUUUACACAUCACCAGACAAUUACAUCCAAAAAUACGCUCUAUGGACUGGGUUCAACCUUGCCCAGGCAGCCGUCCUCUCUCCUCUAUUCUUCAUGUCUCCAGCCAUCCUUGCCCGUGCUGGUCUCUACACCGUGGGCAUGAUGGGUUCCAUCGCCUUUGUCGGUGCUACUGCCAAGCAGGAGAAAUACCUCUAUCUUGGUGGGCCCCUCCUGGCUGGUGUUGCCGUUGUAGCCCUCUCUGGAUUUGCUCCACUGGUUCUCCCAGCUACUGCUACACGAACUCUCAUGUGGUCUGAACGUUUGUGGCUAUACGGUGGUCUUGCUGUCUUCGGUGGAUUCACGCUUUAUGAUAUCCAGAAGAUUCUCUACCACGCUCGUUUGGCUGAACGAGGUGUCGUUAGACGUGACGUUGUCAACGAGAGCGUCAGUCUUGAACUCGACUUCAUCAACAUCUUCAUCCGAAUGGUGCAGAUUCUGUCAAUGAGAGGCAACAACAGAUAA